ACGUGGUGGAUAGUAGUUGGAUUUGUUUUUGCUGCACCACAAUGGCAACUCCCAGGAAGUGACAUUUGAGCAGCCUAAAGGUGGUGAAUGAAUGAGUGAAUGAAUGAGUGAUUCAAUUUCUGGAGGUGAAUUGAAGCCUUGGAAAAUAUAGGCGAAGAGGGACCUGAUGCCAUGUUUUUAAAAUGCCAUUCCACGUGCCACAGCAGAAACCAGCUUGGGAGCGGGGCUGGUGGCUUUGAGGCCCGUUAGAACUUAGUCCAGGACCUAAGCAGCACUUUUAUGUAAAACACUACUGCAGCUUCUUCUUUUUAAAAGUGUCCUUAAGGAGGUGGGGGUGGGGGAGGGAAGCAAAGGAAGUCCCUCCGCCUGAUGAGCUGUGGAAAGAAAGUCUUUCUGCAUUUUCUACCAUUGCUGUCAUCAUGAAUGGCUGUUUAGAACUGCAUGUUGACUGCUGUCCCAGUGGGUUCUCGGAACCCAGCAUUAGGCGGAACAGAACCGAAAUGCUAACUCAGGGCACCGAAGCGAACACACUUGUGCUGCCAGCCUGUAAAACACGUGACCCUGGACUCCGCCCACCGGGCCUCAGUGGGCGAGUUUUGGGCGCUGGGGAGGUCUGGCCGUGGCGCCAUGCAGACUGGAGGUCCCCAGGACAGAGGACAUCUAAGCUGUCACAGAAGGCCAUGUCAGUAUUAGCCGUGGGACAGGGCUGCGGGAAGCGUCCAGGAGGAAGAGACCGGAAAUAUGUUGAGGAAGCAGAGUCCAUCUGAGGAACCGGAAGUGGGGGGGACAGAGAAGUUGGAGAGCUAAAACUGGAGCAUGAGUCACUGGAGAAACACAACCACGCCCUUCGGAAGGAGAUCCAGGCCCUUCAGGCUGAGCUGGCAUGGUGGAGUCGGACCCUGCACAUGCAUGAGCGCCUGUGCCAGAUGGACUGUGCCUCCUGCUUGGCUCCAGUGCCCCCUGGCUGCUGGGGCCAGGCUGAGCGGCCCCCAGGCCCUGUGCCCCAUGGACGACAUGGCUGCCGGGAGCAGCCAGGCCUGUUCCAGAGGCCAAUCUCCUCUCCCGCGGCUCCGCAGUUCUCUCCAGAUCCACAGCCUCAUGGUUCCCUGGGCCUCCUCCUGUCCCCUCUGCCCUCACUGUCCCUUGGUUCUGCUGCAAUCACAGCAUCUUCUGCCCAACUGUCCCCUAGCCCAUUCCAGUGUGCCUCGCCCACUGGCUCCGGCCUUCUGAGACCUUCCUCUAAGCUCAACGAUGCUCUCCUGCCCGGCCCCCCAGCCCGGCCUUCCCCUCCACAGCCCCUCGGGCUGGAGCACCCCACCAGGGGGAAGCCAGGGUCCUCACCCCAGAGCCCCUCAGCUGCUCUGGGGCUGGCCUACCUGCAGGGCAGCGAGCAAAGGCCUGCUUCCUCAGCAGCAGAUUGGCAAGGGCUGGGCGUGUGUCCCAGCUCCCACUCCCUCCUGGCCUUCCCCCUGCUCUCCUCUGCUCAAGUCCACUUCUAAUCUGGGUCCCAGAGCUGGGCUGGCCCCUUUCUUGGACUCAGGAAGCAGCCUCAGCCCAUGGGCAUCUGCACUGUUGCCACGGGUGGCUGCCUUUCUUGGCUGAGCAGCUGAACCAAGAUGUCACCAGGGCAAGGAAGCAGUCACUGUGUGCCCACCACUCUGCCAGGCCCUGUCACCGCUAUUUCUUGUUUCAAGCUCAUGGUCAUCCUGCAGACGACAGAGUAUCACUCGACUUUUUCAGGCAAGGGAAAGAGACAGAGGCUCAGAGAAGCCAGGUGAUUUGUCCAAGGUCACACAGCCUUUCUCGGGACCUGAAACACGAUCUGUUCCUCCUUCUCCAGGCGGAAUCCUAGCCCAGGCAGCCGAGGGGUCGAAGUCUUAGAAACUGAGGGCUGUUGUGUGAGGUUUAAGUGCUGAGCAUGGGGAGGGCCUCUCCCCUCUGCUUUGUGACUCCCGGGGCCACAGAGCCCUGCAGUGUCUGAAAUCCUCUCCCCACUAGGGCUGGUCCAGAGUCCAAGUCUGGGUGCGGAGGGGCCAAGCAGGAGCUGGGAAGUGUAUUCUUUCUGCCUCUAGUGGUGUUUUCAAUGCCAAAGAACUCUGAAUCUGUGGGCUUGAGCUGGGGACAAGCCUGGAACAGUCCCCCCUGGGUUUCUACAGAUUGAAUACCUACAGCCAGACCGUGACCUUGGGGAAAUUCUGCAGGGUCAGCUCUUCAGGCUCUUCCCAAAUAGUUCCCUGCCUCCCGUUUUCCCCAGGGCCAUGGUGGGUGGACCUCUGAGCGCAUUCGUGUCCUGUACAAAAGCCAAAAGGAAUGAAUGAGGGAAAGAUCAGGUGCAAGGUUAUGUUUAAGCGCGUGCUAGACUUGAACCUGGCAGCAGUGACGACUGUGUCUUCUCCAGUACCCCUCCCAUCCCUGAGCAGGCCCCAGACCCCCGUUACCCUUGGGCCCCUCGGAGCAGGGCUCCUCCUUGCUCUUUGGCCUGAUGGCAGCUGGAAGACCAGAAGCCAGGGACUAAAUGGGAGCUCAGCUGUAGCACCUGCUUGGGGGCUGGGGGUGGCAGGUUCUCAUUCAGACUCAGGACAAGCAUUGUAAGGUGCCUGAGGUGAGAAACCCCAUCUCCUCACCCAGAUUUUCACACACAUGUAAGAAGACACUAUGCUAGUAUUUGACACUCCAGGAUGCUGAGAACAAAUCUCAGCACCUCUGUUAUGGUAAAUAAAUUAAAAUGUUUUCCAAUUCU